AUGAGUGAUCACUAUGUAAAACGGUCGGAGUUAUCAAAUACGGAUCAUCAUAAUUCAUUAUUUAGUAAUAAGAAAGACACUUCUAUGGCUAAGACGUCUCUUCCAGGUGCAUAUAUCCAGGAGGAAAAUACAUCUUUGAAGUCCAAUUCUAAGAGCGAGGAUAUUUCUAAUGGGUAUUAUGAUAGAAGAUUCUGUAAUGACCAAUUUCAUGCAUAUCCCUUGGAAACACAUAUAGAUCGUCAUUGUUAUACUAGUACUGGGGUUGUUUCUGCAUCUCAGCAUAUAGAGCAGUCUACUCAGUUACCUUCAAAUAUAUAUACGUUAAAUUCAGGAACUAGUAUUAAUCCUAAUCGUGAUUCUUCUCUUAUAUCUUCCUCGUCUUUUUUAAAGCAUGGUCCUCACUCUUCGUCGCUAUGUUCUCAAAAAAGUUUGUCGUCUGAUCGAUCUUUUGAAUAUGCUGAUCAUUUGUCUUCAUAUCAUGAUUCUAGUCAGCUUUCUGAAAAGGGUAGCAGGAAUACUUCAGAAGCUUAUUCAGAUAGGUUUUUGAAGCAGAAUACGAAUGUGUCUGAAGAAAAGAUGCAUAGUGAUGAUAGAAGCAUUAGAUAUUCUGGCAAUGAUUCUUAUUUAUUGCUUCCUCAUCAUCCAAAGUCAUGUAUGAUUAUUAGGAGUGCAAAGAAUCAGGAUUCUUUGCGAAAUCAAGCUUUUAGAAGCGAUGUUCGGGGAGAAAAUAUACUUAAUAAAGGGACGCCUUAUAAUAUGUGUUUUGAUCAGAGGUUUGAUACCAUAUCUACUAAUAGUAGGAUGCGGUCAUUAUAUAAUGUAUUAGUACCUAGGAAUGAACCUUUUGCUUCUUAUGAUAAACCAAAACAUUCUAAAUCUAGUAUGUCUUCUACUGCUUCAAAAAUUGUGAAGCGUUGCCCUGUAAUUUAUCCAGCUUUGCUUUCGCGUGUUGCGGAGGCAUUUCGACAACGAAUUGUAUUAAGCGAUAAAUUAAAAGAUGGUCUUACAUAUAAGGAUGCUUUUGUGGGAAGUGAAGCUGUGGAUAUUAUUUCCCAAAUUAUCAGGACUACGGAUCGUAACUUAGCUUUACUAUUAGGAAGAUCAUUGGAUGCUCAGAAAUUUAUCCAUGAUGUAACUUAUGAUCAUCGUCUUCGUGAUUCUCCGAAUGAAGUGUAUCAGUUUAAAGAGUGUUUGUCGUCUUUUUCUGAUGCAGAUACCAGUAUUCAGACUGAAUCUACUUUGCGUAAUGUAAACAGGACUUUAGCUUCUGAAACUUUAUCUAAAACGCAUAUUGAAGAUGCAUAUAAUGAUUAUUCAUCAAUAAAUAAUCAUAUAGUGUUACCAUGUUCUGACUCUAAUACUUUAAAGGUUUCUCGGGGAAUAUUACAGGAUGACUCUGAUGAUUUGCCUAAUGGUGUUUUUACUUUACUUACUGAAUGUUAUUCUCCAACAUGUACAAGAGACCAAUUAUGUUAUUCUAUAGCAUGUCCUCGGCGCCUUGAGCAACAAGCACGGUUAAAUUUGAAAUCUCUUCCUGUCCUAAAAAGAGCUGAAUCCCGUUGUAGUUUGAAUGGUUUAGAUGACACAGAUAAGCAACAAAAAUUGUGGAUUCAAAGUGUUCCAAAAGACGUUGCUGAUGGCCUUAAUGAACGUGAAAAGAAAAGACAAGAGAUAAUAUUUGAGGUCAUUUAUACAGAAAGAGAUUUUGUAAAAGAUCUUGAGUAUCUUAGAGAUUUUUGGAUGAAGCCUUUAAGAAAUGGCAAUUUGAUACCUGAACAUCGUAAAGAAAAGUUUAUUUUAGCUGUUUUUUCAAAUGCUAUGGAUGUUCAUGCUGUGAAUUCUCGACUUGCUGAAGCAUUAACUAAAAGACAACAGCAGAAUGAUGUUGUUUAUCGUAUUGGAGAUAUAUUUCUUGAAUUUUUGCCUCGUUUUGAUCCAUUUAUUCGAUAUGGUGCAAAUCAACUUCAUGGAAAAUAUGAAUUUGAAAAGGAAAAAAGAGAGAAUCUUGUUUUUGCAAAAUUUGUUGAAGAGACUGAAAGAUUAAAAGAGUCACGAAAGCUCGAAUUAAAUGGUUAUCUCACAAAGCCUACUACACGUCUUGCACGGUACCCCCUACUUUUAGAGGCAGUGGCUAAAAAUACACCUGAUGAUAAUCCGGAUAAAGAAGAUCUUAUGAAAGCUGUUAAACUUAUUAAAGAGUUUCUUAAUAAAGUAAAUAUUGAAUCAGGGAGAGCUGAAAAUCGAUUUAAUUUGAUGCAAUUAAACAAACAAUUGGUUUUUAAGUCUGGUGAAAGUGUUGAUUUGAAACUUUCUGAUGAAAAUCGUCGUCUUAUCUUUAAAGGAACAUUAAAAAAGAGAAAUAUUUCCAGUACAAGUACUGAUUCUAGUAGUGAUAUUCAGGUCUUCUUAUUCGAUCAUGUGCUUUUGAUGGUUAAAAUAACAAAACGUGAACAAUAUAAAGUUUAUCGUAAACCUAUACCUCUUGAACUUUUAAUUAUAUCUCAUUCAGAAGAUCCUUCUGAAAGAUCGUCUGUUGCGAAAAAGUCUUCUUCUUUAUUGCUUCAUGGAGCAUCGAAAUCUACACCACAUAAAAAUGAUAAUUCUAAAGGAUAUGCAAUUACGUUUAUUCAUUUAGGUCGUAGAGGCUAUAUGAUUACUUUAUUUGCAACUACAUCUAUAAGUCGUAAAAAAUGGACUGAACAUAUUGAGUCUCAACAAAGAUGUCUUAGGGAAAAAAGUUGUAUCUUUAAGCAGCAUAUUAUUUGUGAGAAAUAUUUUUUGAGAGGAAAUAAAGUAGCAUGUGUUGUUCCUUAUGAUGGUGGUCGCAAAUUGAUUUAUGGUACUGAAAAUGGUGUUUAUGUCUCUGAUCGUAAGCCGUAUUCUUCUGCAAAAGUUGCACCUGUUCGAGUUCUUGCUAUAAAUGGUGUUACUCAAGUUGAUGUUCUCGAAGAAUAUUCUAUUUUAUUAGUUCUUGCAGAUAAGACUCUUUAUUCAUAUCCUAUGGAGUCUCUAGAUUUGAAUGAUACAACAUUGGCAAAUAAACGACCUAGGAAAAUAGCUGGACAUACCAAUUUUUUUAAAUCUGGACUUUGUCUUGGCAAGUUGUUGGUUUGCGUGGUUAAAAGUUCUGUUUUGAAUUCAACUAUAAAAGUAUUGGAACCAGUUGAGACUAUUUCUCGAGGAAAAAAACAAGUUCCAUUUAAAUUUUUGUUACAAGGAAGUCAGGAUGCUCUUAAAGUUUUUAAAGAAUUUUAUAUUCCAACUGAAUCUACAUCUGUUCACUUUUUAAAGCAUAAGCUUUGCGUUGGAUCAUCGAAAGGAUUUGAGGUUGUAAAUUUAGAAAAUCUUGAAACACAAUCUUUGCUUGAUCCAGCUGAUACUUCUUUGGAUUUUGUCACUCGUAAAGAAAAUAUAAAGCCUAUUGCUAUAUAUAGAUUAAAUUUGAAAUUUUUAUUAUGUUAUGAUGAAAUGGCAUUCUUUGUAGAUAAAAAUGGAUGGGCUACUAAACACAAUUGGAUGAUUAUUUGGGAAGGAUUGCCUAAUUCUUUUGCACUUUUUUAUCCAUAUCUUCUUGCUUUUGAAGAUUCAUUUAUUGAAAUUCGUCAUGUAGAGACAACUGCAUUAGUUCAGGUUAUUCUUGGUCAUAAUAUACGGAAAUUAUAUGAUAAUUAUCGAGAAUGCCUGUAUGCGUAUACAGAUGAUGACGGUAUUGACAAAAUUGCUAGUUUAAAUUGUUGGGAAACUUUAAAGGUGCAAAAUAGAGUAUCGUCUGUUUCGUAG